CUGACCGUGAUACUGUGCAAGGUAGAAAGUCAGGCAUGUUCAACGCAAAGGCGGCUGCUGUCAUUGGGCUGGGAGUGGGUGCACUGCUUACCACGCAAAGUGGAGAUCCGCUGGACUCAGCCUCCAGCCGGUAUCCGAUAUGGAGCGAAAUAGGGUUGCAAGGUGCUCCAGCCGGGGCUGUCUUCUGCUUCUCCGCCGGAGUUCUUCUCUUCGCCAUAGGCUGGCUGUACCGGCUGCUCUUCAGUCCCCUGGAGCUGCUUAGGUCGCCCGACGACGUGGGAUACGCCGACGAGGACGGUCGCACCAAAGCGCAGGUAGCAAACGACGUCCGGCGCAGGAGGAAAAUCGGGGAGCUUCCACCGGUUUACCCAAACGGCUGGUACCGAGUGCUGGACUCGCACAUGCUGGAGAGGGGCGAGGUCAAAAAUGUCUCUAUUCUAGGUGAGCAGGUGGCGGUGUUUCGGGGUCACGAUGGGAAGCCCUAUGUGGUGGAUGCCUACUGCCCUCACCUGGGUGCCAACCUAGCUGUGGGUGGACGGGUGUUUGGAAAAUGCAUUGAGUGCCCAUUUCAUGGAUGGCUGUUUCAGGGGGAUGAUGGCAAGUGUGUGAAGAUUCCCUAUUCAGAAAAAGUGCCUGAGUUUGCCAGUGUGCACAGCUGGCCUACCUGUGAGGUCAACAAGCAGAUCCUGGUUUGGUUUCACUGUGAUGGAGAAGAACCUCAGUGGACCGUUCCUGAGCAGCAGGAGAUCACAAAGGAUGAGUGGGUCUAUCGUGGGAGAACUGAGCAUUUUAUUAAUGCUCAUAUACAGGAGAUUCCAGAAAAUGCAGGAGACAUAGCUCACUUGUCUCAUCUGCACGCCCCAGGCAUGCUCAGUGGAGCAGAUCUGCGCUACACCAACAGCAAAAUCUGGGAAUUUGUGCGACACAACUGGAAGGUUGAGUGGGAACCAGAGUCAGAGCCUAACGAGCAUUGUUCUCUGAUGUUUGUGAAACAUGCGCUUACAGUGUUUGGAUGCCACUGGCCUAUUCUGGAUGUUCAUGUCGUGGCUAGACAGGUGGGUCCAGGAAUAGUGUUUUUGAAGUUUGAACAAGCUUUCCUGGGCCGGGGUGUAAUCAUGCAUUGUGUGACUCCCGUGGAGCCUCUGUUGCAGUGUGUCACUCACACCAUCUUCUAUCAGUCUAACAUCCCACCCGUGGUGCCCAAAUUCAUCCUCAAAGUGGAGUCCAUUCAGUUUGAGCGCGAUGUGAUGAUCUGGAAUAAUAAGAAGUAUAUCUCCAAGCCUCUCCUCGUGAAGGAAGAUUCAGCCAUCCAAAAGCACAGACGCUGGUUCGGUCAGUUCUACAGUGAGAACAGCCCACGGCUGCAAUACCAGCGUGAUACGUUGUACUUUUGAGCUCCCUGAACCACAGGAGAUGAUUUCAGCAGGGUAGACAUUAAUCAGACACUUCAGACAAACGAGUUCACCCUUCGUUUUUGUUGCCGACAGCAAGAUAAAGGAGGAGAAAAGGCCUGAUAAGUUUAUGCAGUUCGGAUUUGCAUUUUUUUUUGUAAAAGAAUUAAACUUUGUUUUGUUA